AUGUCUUCUAACAACAAGAUCCAGAAAACUCCAGAGGUGCGGCGUCUGGACCGGCGCUUUAAGAAGUUGGACCUGGACGACUCGGGGGAGCUGAGCGUGGACGAGUUCAUGUCGUUACCUGAGCUCCAGCAGAACCCGCUGGUCCAGAGAGUCAUCGACAUCUUCGACAAGGACGGAAACGGAGAGGUCGACUUCAAUGAGUUCAUCGAGGGCGUCCUGCAGUUCAGCGUCAGAGGCACCAAAGAGCAGAGGCUCCGCUUUGCGUUCCGGAUCUACGACGUGGACGGAGACGGGUUCAUCUCAAACGGGGAGCUGUUCCAGGUUCUGAAGUCGAUGGUCGGGUCCAACCUGGAGGACGAGCAGCUGCAGCAGAUCGUCGACAAAAGUAUCGUGAGCGCGGACGAAGACGGAGACGGACGCAUCGACUACCGAGAGUUCUGCAACGUCGUCCAAGGUCUGGACUUCCACAAACACAUGGUGGUGGACGUGUGACGGUCGGGACCGAGACCGAGUCCAAGACCGGGUCCAAGACCCGGACCGAGACCGAGACCGGGACCGAGAUCAAGACCAAGAUCGGGACCAAGACCUGGACCAAGACUGGGACCAAGACCAGGACUGGACUCGGACUAGACCAGGUCUAGACCAGGUCUUGGUCCUGCUUUAGACCCGUUGGGACUUUCUGGAGUUUUUGUGUCAAAGUUUUUCCUCUUCUCACGUUUCUACCUCCGACUCUCUGUGACAUCACAAAGUGGAACGAGGGGCUGGUUCUUUCUGGAACCUUCUUCAUGUUCUAACAUCGUGUCUGAGUCAUCUAGGGAUCUCUCCUGGGCUCUGA